AUGUCCGACGCGUAUCCAACAAUCACGCAGUGCGCGUUGGUUGCGGCCGCCUUUAAGAUUCUCCUGUUCCCCGCCUACAAAUCGACCGACUUUGAAGUCCACCGCAACUGGCUCGCCAUCACGAACAGCCUCCCCCUGUCCGAGUGGUACUACGAAGACACGUCGCAAUGGACACUCGACUACCCGCCCUUUUUCGCCUACUUUGAGUGGCUCAUGUCGCACAUCGCCCGCCUUGCCGACCCGGCCAUGGUGCACGUCUUCAACCUCGAGCAUGACUCCUGGCAGACCGUCUACUUCCAGCGCACCACCGUCAUUGUUACCGAGCUGUUGCUCGCCUACGCCCUGCAGCUGCUCGUCGAUUCCUCCCCGCUGUCCUCGCGCCGCGCCGCCCGCGUCGCUGCGCUCUCUGUACUGCUAUCGCCUGGACUGCUCAUCAUCGACCAUAUACACUUCCAGUACAACGGUUUCAUGUACGGCAUCCUCGUGCUGUCGCUCGUGCUCGCCCGCAGCAAGGACUCGCUGCUCGGUAGCGGCCUGGCGUUUGCGGCGCUGCUCUGCUUCAAGCACAUCUACGUCUACCUAGCCCCAGCGUACUUUGUCUACUUGCUGCGCGCGUACUGCCUGUCGCCAAAGUCCAUAUUUAGCAUCCGCUUUGCGAACUGCGCCAGGCUGGGCGGCGGAAUCGUUGCCAUCGUGGCGGCAGCGCUGGGUCCGUUUGCGGUGCUGAAGCAGAUGCCGCAACUGCUGAGCCGACUGUUUCCAUUUGCGCGAGGGUUGUGCCAUGCGUACUGGGCUCCCAAUGCUUGGGCCUUAUAUUCCUUUGCCGACCGCGCUCUCAUUAUUCUUGCUCCGAGGCUGGGACUCGAUAUCAAGGCAGAUGCUCUCCAGAGCGUCACUCGGGGGCUUGUUGGGGACACAUCGUUUGCCGUUCUCCCUGAAAUCAGCGCCCGUACCUGCUUUGCCCUAACACUGCUCUUCCAGUUGCUCCCACUCAUCAAGUUGUUUACGCAGCCGACUUGGGAGAACUUUAUCGGCGCAACAACGCUCUGCGGCUACGCUUCCUUUCUCUUUGGGUACCAUGUGCACGAAAAGGCCAUUCUGCUCGUCAUUAUUCCUUUUAGCUUGAUCGCACUGCGAGACAGGCGGCAUCUCUCUACCUUUCGGCCACUGGCUGUCGCGGGUCACGUCUCCCUCUUCCCUCUAUUGUUUACCCCGGCUGAGUUCCCCAUAAAGACCGUAUAUACGCUGCUUUGGUUGGUCAUUUUUCUCACAGCCUUUGACAGGCUGGCGCCGGCGUCAAGCAAACCGCGCUUCUUCCUACUUGACCGCUUCAACACGCUGUACAUUGCUCUCUUCAUACCGCUGGUAAUCUACACAUCACUGGUGCAUCAGGUCGUGUUUGGCCAGCGUCUUGAGUUCCUACCGCUGAUGCUGACGAGCGUGUACACCGCUGUGGGUGUGGUCGGCAGCGCGGUGGCGUACAUGGUUGUGUACUUUACAUCAUAA